CACCAUAAGCGCACAAGUAACAGGUUUUCGAACAGUGACUGGGGGAGAUGGGGCAAAUUUACUGCAUGAGGAAGUGGAUGGGGUGGAAUAGUAUGGUUUUCCAAAGCUGUUGGGAUGAAGGAGUGAAUGGGAGCAGGUUGAUUGUAGUGUGGAAUAAGUAGGCUGUGAGGGAGCAGUAGGAGGGCAGAGUGGGAAUGGCAGUGGGAAGUCUUUUGUGAAGCAGCGCAUGCAAUAGCUGUUUCAUUGUGUGAAGCUGUGAAAAGUGGGAAAGACAUUCAGCUUGGGGGUGGCAGCUAUAGAGGAGGUACGCUCUUGUUUUAUAAAUCAAGAAUGGGAUGGGGGUGGUAAUGAGAGACUGAAAAUAGGCAGCAAAGGGGAUGGGAAUGGCAAUAAACAGGGAGAGAAUGGCAGUGCGCGGCCUGCUAUUUAAAGCGGUGAGUGACAGAGAAGGUGACGGGGAGGUAUGUAGCAGGCAGCAUGUGGUUUGGGGGUGUCAGUGGCAAACCAAAGGUCUAUGUAGUUUAGUUCACCUCUUACAAUAAAGUCGCAGUUUCCCAGGCAAAGGCAAGGUAAAGUAAGGAGGCGAUGUUUGUGCUAAGGCAAAGCCCUGUCCAUCCCACGGUAAGCUGCAGUUCCCCGUGGGCUGCGUGCAGUUUGGUGCUUGAGGGCAGCUACACUGAGUGCCUGUGUCUGGUGGCCCUGACCCGUUGGGCUCUGGUGACCCGGUUCCCACGCCGGCUGGCAAGGCUGGCUGUGGGAGAGGGGAGCUGGGAUCAGCCGGCAGCACCGGCAGCUGGCCAGGUGUCAGGGGAGGAGUUCAGCAAGCUCCUAAAAGGAGUUGUGUUUGCCCGGGGUGGGUUUCAGCUCAACGCCCCGCGGGGCUGCUGCCCAAGAAAACCCAGAGCUGCAGAAGCGUUGAGAAAAGGGGCAGCGGUUCGCAGCGGGACCCGGCCCGGCAGGAGAGGGGUGGAAGGGAACAACACACCCUCGGAGCCACCAAAAGUGGCUGUUGCGGAUGAGCGUCCUCCCAAGCCAGACGCAGAUGAUGGUUCUUGGCACCGCUUUCCCAAGCCCCAGCUAUGUGCGGCCUCCGCUAGGCUCCGCCCCCCGGCGCCUCCCUCCGCCGCCACCGCCGCCCCCGGCUUUAUGUUACACAGAGGCCCCCCUCUCCGCCGGUCCAGCGGGAGGAGCCGCGUCUUCAGCGCCGCCGCUGCUGAGAGGUGAUUCAUGGCAGGGGACGUGGAAGGGUUUAGCUCCUCCAUCCAUGACACCAGUGUCUCUGCUGGAUUCAGAGCACUGUAUGAGGAGGGAUUGCUUCUUGAUGUCACACUUGUCAUUGAAGACCACCAAUUUCAGGCCCAUAAAGCACUGCUUGCCACCCAGAGUGAUUACUUCAGGAUUAUGUUCACAGCUGAUAUGCGAGAACGAGAUCAGGACAAAAUCCAUUUGAAAGGUCUGACAGCUACAGGCUUCAGUCAUGUCCUCCAAUUCAUGUACUAUGGAACUAUUGAACUGAGUAUGAACACUGUUCAUGAAAUCCUUCAGGCUGCCAUGUAUGUCCAGCUUAUAGAGGUGGUAAAAUUUUGCUGCUCUUUUCUCUUAGCUAAAAUCUGCUUAGAAAACUGUGCAGAAAUUAUGAGACUUCUGGAUGAUUUUGGUGUAAACAUCGAAGGAGUCAGGGAAAAAUUGGACUCCUUUCUGCUAGAGAAUUUUGUGCCACUCAUGUCCAGACCUGACUUCCUUUCAUAUCUUAGCUUUGAGAAGCUCAUGUCUUACUUGGAUAAUGAUCAUCUGAGCAGGUUUCCAGAGAUAGAGCUGUAUGAAGCUGUUCAGGCCUGGCUACGCCAUGAUAGAAGACGCUGGAGGCAUACGGACACCAUCAUUCAGAACAUCAGGUUUUGUUUGAUGACACCAUCCAGUGUUUUUGAGAAGGUAAAAACAUCAGAGUUUUAUCGAUACUCCCGGCAGCUGCGACAUGAGGUUGACCAAGCCAUGAAUUACUUUCAUAGCGUUCACCAACAGCCUUUGAUGGAAAUGAAAUCGAACAAAAUUCGUUCUGCCAAACCCCAGACUGCAGUAUUUAGAGGAAUGAUAGGACACAGUAUGGUAAACAGUAAAAUUCUUCUCUUGCACAAACCGAGGGUCUGGUGGGAACUAGAGGGUCCUCAAGUACCUUUACGACCAGACUGCCUUGCCAUUGUGAAUAACUUUGUGUUCCUAUUAGGUGGGGAAGAACUGGGGCCAGAUGGCGAGUUUCAUGCUUCAUCCAAAGUGUUUAGAUAUGACCCAAGACAGAACACUUGGUUACGAAUGGCAGACAUGUCUGUUCCACGGUCUGAGUUUGCUGUUGGAGUUAUUGGGAGGUAUGUUUAUGCAGUGGCUGGGAGAACCAGGGAUGAAACAUUUUACUCAACUGAACGUUAUGAUAUUACUGAAGAUAAAUGGGAAUUUGUGGAUCCCUAUCCAGUCAAUAAAUACGGACAUGAAGGGACUGUGCUUGGUAAGAAGUUAUAUAUCACUGGUGGAAUUACAUCAUCUUCAACUUCUAAGCAAGUGUGUGUGUUUGAUCCCAGUAAAGAAGGGACAGUAGAGCAGCGAACGAGGAGAACUCAAGUGGUCACUAACUGUUGGGAGAACAAAUGCAAAAUGAAUUAUGCAAGAUGCUUUCACAAAAUGAUUUCUUAUAAUGGUAAGCUUUAUGUCUUUGGUGGUGUCUGUGUGAUCCUGAGGGCCUCCUUUGAAUCUCAAGGAUGUCCUUCUACAGAGGUUUAUGACCCAGAUACUGAUCAAUGGACUAUAUUGGCUUCUAUGCCAAUUGGUAGGAGUGGCCAUGGUGUAGCUGUUCUGGACAAACAGAUAAUGGUUCUUGGAGGCCUUUGUUACAAUGGUCAUUACAGUGAUUCGAUUCUCACCUUUGAUCCAGAGGAGAACAAAUGGAAAGAAGAUGAAUAUCCGAGGAUGCCAUGCAAGCUGGAUGGCUUACAAGUCUGCAGCUUGCACUUUCCUGAGUAUGUUUUGGAGCAUGUUAGACGUUGCAGCUAAAACAGAACGAACAACUCAAUGAAAUACAAAAAAAUAUACCUAAUUUGUCAAAAACCACAAACCAGUUGAAUUCCUUCAGAGACAUUACUGUGUUUAUAAGAACAACUAUGAACUAAAUGCUUAAGAGAAACAGGGUGUACAGGGAGAGUACUUAGCAAGUUUAUUAGAAAAGCCAAUAGUUGGUCUGAUAUUGUAAAAGCUUUGGGUUUUUUUUUUUUAACAAACAUAAUUGUAAGUAGGGGAAAGAAAAAUAUAUUUUUGAGUGUGGUUAUUUUUUGGUAACAUUUUAUGUCCAUAAUACUUUCUUCUGGGGUUUUUUUUGUUGUUUUUUUUAAUGACCAUUAUACCACUAUGCUUCUGAAAUCAGUUAACAAAAUAUUUAUGGAAGGAAAAAAGACUUUAUUUUCAUUUUUUAUUGAGCAUAAAAAUAAAGCUCCUCAUCUGUACCAGGGUACAACCAGGUUUUAAUGAACAAAAUUAAACCAUUUCUGUAUUUUAUGUUGUCUUUUGGAUGGUUUUCCCAUUAUUCGCGAAGUAUUCUCAAAUCUGCUAGGUGGUUUUGUUUUCCCUUAUAUAUGUCAAAGAAUAAUCUUAACCCCUUUGCAUGACUUUUUUCCUGGUUUUGUAUAGUAGUACCAGUAAGUCUGCCAAAAUGCAAGAUACACAUUUUCUACUGAAACAUUUUUAUAUUCAAAACACUAUUUCUAUGCUGCCUUCUAUUGUCUGCAUUGUGUUUGUUGGUGAGUAAAAAAUAUAUACACACACAUGCAUACACUGUAAAAACUAUAUAUAAAUCCAUCUUUUUAUGUGCAGUUACAGUAUUAUAUUUCAACUAGUGCACAGAUUCAGCCAUAUCUGUUGAAUUUAAGGUAUAGUACUAUCCUUUAAUGAGCUAAAUAAUUCAAAGUUCUUAAGUAACUGGAGGCCUCGUUUCGUAUCAGAGUAUCUUAUCUUUAGUAUAUACUGAUUGAUUCAGUAACUUUGAACUCUUUAUAUUGAUGCUACAUAAUGAACUGUUGAUAAUUUGUUAUUUUAUAAAUUAUUUUUAAAAGUAAACACAUCUUACCUGAGUUUCUUUUAUGUUUGAAUGUGUUGCCCAGUCUUCUUUUUUAUGAAAAUGGAAAAUGUCAGUAAGCAAAUGCUCAGCAUUGCUUUGACCCAUAGUUACUUUCAGAACUGGAUAAACUACAGUUUAUUCUUAGUACUUUGCUUGUACUCACGCUUCAAUACAAGUAUGUUGUUUGUACUCAUAUUGAAGUGGUAUAAUCUUUUUAUUAUUAUUAUUUUAAUUAUAGACUGCUAUGAACUACUGUGUUUUGAAAAUGUGGAGUUAGGUGGUUGGAUGGUUAGUACCAUUUUCUUUUACAAAAAAACCCUACACAACUAUAGCUACUGACCUCAGAGUGCCUGAAUUGAGAUGUGUGGUCCAAGAGGCCUUUGAAUAACUCCAUUGUAUUAACUUGCAGAUAUUACUGACAGUAACUUGGUAAGAAUUAUCUGCCAAGACAUAAAUAAUAUCAGUAAUUACUUUCUGAUUAUAUUUAAUGGUGUGAAAUUAGCCACUUCUGACUCUAAAGGAAAGAUUUGGAGAAGUUGAAGGCUCACACUUAGUUCAGAUGUGUAGGGGCAAAAUGCUGAAACAUGCACGUGCAUAUUUUGUAAAAUCUUAUGCUGCUGUGUUUCACUUGAAGCAAUAGACUUUAUAUACAGCAGUGCAAAACCACUUUAUUCAGCAUCUUCCAGUCAGAAAUCACUGUAGAAAAGGAAUGUACAGUACUCAGGGAGUUCAAAAGAAUGCACUUAGAAAGGGACCAAAAUCACCCUAAAUUUCCUAUGUUAAAAUAACCCCUACUUGCCUAAACUAAGUUUGAAAUAAUUGAUAGAGAUUAAAACAAGAUGUAAAACUCCUCAUACUUGUAUUUUGAUAUUUUUGUAGUAAUUACAUUCUGGGUUGAGAUGUGAGGAUUUGGAGCUCUAUGGCAAGUCAACAGAUUUUUUUUUUUAAUUAGAAAUGAUUUAUUGAUAGAGUAUUUGCUUUCCAUAUGUUUUAACAGAAAGAGAGAAUGUAUGCCAUCAUAGCUGUAGCAAUGUUAGUUACACCAGUAGUGACUGGACCAAAUACUGAUUCAGCUUUCUGAAGCAGACUAGUUUGCAGUUAAAUUUAAGUCUUUUUUUAAUCAAAAUUCAGUUUACUGAAUUAGAAAUCUAAUUUACUUAAUAGCUUAACUUAAAGCUAGUGUGGCUUACACUAAAACCUCAGUUUCGCUGUGGACUUGUACAUACGUUACCCUGCAUAGGUGCAGAGAUAAAUUGACUCCAGUAGGUGCUGGCUGUGUGCAAGUAAAAAGGUUCUACUGUACAAAGUUCAUGGAAUAUUGGGGCACAAGAAAAAAACAGUUUGGGUUUUGUUUUUUAUUGUUUUAUUCCUUUUGUCACCAGCUUAUUUCUCAAUAAGUUUAUGGGGCAGCAAAAACUAAUCCUGCUUGUAGGCUUUCAUGGGCAUGUUACGUAUAGGACGGAGUACUUCACUUUUAUCUUGGGCCAGUCUGGGGAAUGGUUGUGGUUCUGGGUAUCUGGUCUUCCAUGAUUCAUGUCUAGUAAAGAGUUGUGGCCAAGAUUUUAUUAAAAAUAAUGGUAAGGAUGGGGGUGUCUCAAGUUACAUUUUUGAGUCUGCAUUUAAGCAGCUUCUGAAGUUCUGUGCACUAAGCAGCUGCCACUGAAGUCAUUGGUGAAUACUGACACUUGAAACAUGAAGAACCAGAUGAUUUUUAGGUGCUUUCUUUUAAGUUCAUAUUUAUCUUCAGGCACCCAGUUCUGAAAUAUCUUGUUCAGGUUUGUAAUAGUAAUUCUUCUGUUGAAUUCUAACUUGAACUGUUGGUUUCAGCUUCCCUGAAGUUGUGUCUCUGUUGAGAAAGCUGGCUGUGACCUUUUCAGCAUUAGGAAUGAUUCGAAUUUGCUUGGGUUUAGAACAUGUAGGGAUAUGCAAGAAUGUUUUGUUAAUUUGCAUUUCUACUGUGCUUUUAUUGUUUCAAACAUGAAAUAUAACAGUAGCUUACAUUCUCUUUUCCAUUGCAGUGGUACUUUUGAGGCAGUUAUUUUUGUUACUUUAUAUCUCAGAGGGAUUUUUUUUUUUAAUUGGAAGUUUCUGUUUGUGUUUGCUUUUAGUUUUUAGCUCCAGAUAAUGUAGUGUUUAAAUAAAAACAAAACUAAACUGGCUAAUUGCCUAUUACUACAAACUUUUGAGCAUUAUGAUCAGACUGAUAUGAGUUUGAAAAACAUUUAAAUGCCUCUCAUUUGUCAAGGAAAAGCUAAGUUAUGAUCUUUGAUUACUAAGUUUGGGAGGCUUUCUUCUAAUUCCAACCCAAGAUAAUGGAAUACCAGCAAAUCUGAUCUCACCCACAUAUUCAAAAUUUAACACAUGACCUGCUUUUAAACAGCAAGUAUAUUUGCCUUUUCUUAAAAAGGUGGACAUAGUGAGUUACAGUCUAGGGUUUAGGGUUUUUUUUGUUUUUCCACAUUUAUAGCAAAAGUCUAUCAGCUUCAUGUCUUAAUUUAGCAACUAGCUCCAGGAGAAGAUUCUGUUUUCAAAUGAGCCAGAAUGAACAAAAAGCAUAAUGCUCCUGUAAAGGGGUCGGACACUGCCAGUUCCCAUUCCACAUGCUGCUGUAUCUGGUUUUAGGGGACACAUAAUUUUUUUUCAAGUACUGCAUAAGGAAAAAAUAGCUAAUUUUUCCCCCACAAAGUGUUGGUAGUAGUUUCGUAGUGGAAGUAUUAGGUGGCAAAAAAGCUUUGGAAAUAUUUUUCCCAGUUGAUUCAGCUGGAGGAAGGCAGCACUUGAUUUUACAAAGCUAUUUCAGAAAGCUCUGCUAGCAAGAGGGGCUAGUGGCAGCAUAUGAGCUACCUGGCAACGUGGUUUUGUGUUCCUUUCCUUUGAAAAGUGUGGCUGUCCUACUUUCUGCGGUAUGAUAGCAGUCCUGUUACAAUGAGCUCUGAGAGUUUGUGACUUUACUAUUUCUCUGCUUUCUGAGAUUUGCAGCCGUUUUUUCUUGAGGACCUCCUGCCUUACAAACGCAAGUGCUGCGUUUUUUCAUGCUGAUAAUAUUGUAACUAUUUGCAUCAGGGACAAAGCUUCACUUGACACUCAGGAAGCAAAGGAUAAAAUUCAACAGGUACAAAUUCAAAUCAGUUUAAAAAAAAACCAACAUUGCUUAGCUCAUUAUGUCCAUUCUUUUGCAAAAGGAGGAUAAGCAUUAUGGGGAGAUGCUAACGGCUCUUUAAAAAUAAACUUCAAGCUUGUGUUGGCAUUUAUAUGAUAAAGUCUUUUUAGAAAUAUUCACAUUUGUAGAGAUAUUUUGCCUUUUUAAUGUAUUUUUCCUUACAAAAAAAAGGUGAAUUGGGCCCCUGAUUCUUUUAAUAUUUCAAAUAUGUACUUCACAUAUGUGAACAGUCCAAUAUAAAGAAAACAGAAAACUGUAAGGUACUUAAAACAUAAAAGCACAAAUGUUCCUAAACUUGUGCUGAAGUGUCUAUAGGGUUGGGACCAUCGAAGAAAACAUCCGUCCUGCUCUCCUUCCAUUAAUAACACUAUACCUGGUGAAGUUACUUGAAGAAGCGUGGUCCAUCACAUGCAGCAGGGCUCACUGAAGGAGAGUGGGAAAGAACAUAACUGGAAAGCACCUGUAAUCUGUUUAAAACAAAGCUUGCCGGUGUCCUGUAGCUAACAUUUUGAGAUUUUAAUGUUUGUAAAACAAUCUGAAGCUGCUUAAAAUAAAUACUAAUGACUACUUUUGCAUCUGUAUUCUAUUUUUGACAUUUGGUGAGUAACUAUAAAAAUUUCAUUCCUGUGGAUAGACUUCAUAAAAUGUAGUUGUAUGUGGCAGGUGGCAGAAAAACUGAUUUGUUUUGAGCACAGCUUUCCUGGCUUUCCCUCUACUAAUUUGUUGUUUGGUUUUUUUUACUUCCCAAAUUUCAAUUCAUGUUUAUAUAGUCUUUUAAAAAUAACUUUCAAGAUGAAUUUCAAAUACCUUUGGAUUAAGUUAGUAGCUAGGGGAAAACCACUUCUAUUUGCAGAUGGUAGUUUUUAUUUAUGGCUCUGGUGGAAAACCUUAUUGUAAGUCUAGAAAAUACAGUGUUAUGUAGGACUGUCAAGUUAGCUACACUUAGGGAACUUCUAUUACCUCGGUGAGACCCACCUAACUUUUAUGUCAGUUCUGGGAACAGGUGAAGGGAAGAGUGAACUAUGUUUUUAUUUUAAAUAUUUUUUCCCUAUAUAUUGUUAUUUUUUUAGAUCUUUUUAAAAUAAAUUAUAUGCUGGAGAUUGCAAUUCCACUGUAGUAUCCCACUUGAUUCCAGUGUACAAUAUCAGAUUGUAUUGAAAAGAAUGUAUUUGCUAAGUUAACAGGAAAAGUUAUUUUCAAACUGUGCUGUAUUUGUGCUAGCAAUUGGAAAUACUUCUCCUAUAGAAAAUUAAAAUUAUAUAUAUAUGACCUCAUAUGUACGUUUGCAUUAACUGUCUAAUGAUGACCCCAGGGCUGCUAUAAACUUCUCUGAAUAAUUUAAGAAUUGCCUCUUUUUAACUGUUUUAAAGCCUUUUUUCUUGUCUUUUUUUGGCAGAAGGUAAUUUUCCCUAGCUAUGGACACAGUAUGCUCAGACUUGCAUAUGCGCUCUGUUUGAUUUUUAAACUGAAAAAAAUGUAUAAAAUGUGUAUAAAGAAAAGUGUAAAUAAAAUAUUUUUAAUCUUUAAACAUUUGUGUAAACUUUGUAAUACUUAACGUUCUGGAGCUGGAUUGCUUCCUACAGGACUUCAGUUUACUCAGUUAAGCAACUCUUCAAAAAUGUUAAGUGUUGCUCUAAUUCAUAAUGUUGUCUUAAAGUUAUCCCAACAAGAAUGGUUGGAUAUCCUUAUAUAGCAUCAAGCUCAUAUCUUUAGCUGCGUUUUAUCAUCUUCCCAAUUUUAAUUGUUUUUGUGCUUUCAUGUGUCUGCUCUGCAUGUCAAGCUUGAAAUACUGUUCCAAGUUGACUUCAUCGUUACAUUUGUAACUCUGUGUCAAGGCAUAAAUUUGGUGCUAGUCAGCCACCACGAGAAGAGACUGUUCCCUGCUGUCAGAUACGCGGCAUCCAGGGCUCAGAGACCACAGGCGUUUACCACACAGUGGGAC